AAUAUGCCUUGCCUUGUGCAUGCGUGUCAUGGCUGGGACAAGGGUCUUGUUGCUAGCUUGUACAGAUACUUGGCGCCAGAGUACUUCAUGCACGGAAUAGUUAAUGAGAAGACUGAUGUCUUUGCUUAUGGAGUUUUGCUUCUUGAGCUCAUAACAGGGCGUCGUGUUGUUGAUUCAUCUAUACAGAGCCUUGUGAUUUGGAAUUUAUUGUACCUACAUGGGGGGCUAUACGUCAAAAGAAGUUCUUGGUUCAGUUUAUCAAGACGCCAUUUACAAAGGUUCCAGCACAGAGUGUUUCAGUUUUCAAUGUGAAUCUGGCGAUGUCUUUGGUCGCAGUGUUCCUUGAGGUGCUUGUUGUUCCAGCACAGAGUGUUCCAGCACAGAUUUUGUGGA